AUGGAAAAUAACACAGAUGAAUCACUACCACAGCCUGUUGUCCUCUUAUUGGAUGACAUUCAAACUGAACUUUCAUUAACUGAUUUUACAAGACUUCUUAACUUAGAAUUUAGAAAGCGCGGUUUGAAUAAAGGCAUGGGUUGUCUUCUGAUGAUAUGUCAGAGGGAGGAAAAAUUAACUGAUUAUGAUUAUGAAAGUCAGAAUGUAUUCUUUCUUAGACAGGAACUUAGCCAUAAGGAAAAGACAUGGUUUGCAGAGAAAUUUGAUGAGUUAGAGCAAACUGGAAGAGAACUAGAUGACUAUAAUCCCAAACAUUUAAUAUCAUUCAUGAUAAUGCGAUCCGAGUUUAAUCCUGAGUACAUCAAAAACACUAUCGAACACUUAAUUUCUACCAUUGAUCACUCCUCUAAUGAAUACAAGUUAAUGAAAUAUGUUUCUUUUCUGGCAACAUAUGCGCCUUUAACAAGACGAGAAGUGAAAGUGUUUGUUCCGCUGGAAUGUUGUGAUGAGUUAAUGGGAAGUAAGGUGUGUUUCUGGGAAGAUCGUUUGUCAAGCCCUCUGAGAAUUUUAUUAAUCAUAGAAGAAAAAGAGCAAUCUAGUGGACGACAAGUUCGAAUAGCACACCCAAGCCUUGGCAAAAUACUUAUAAUAGAAAUCAUGAAACGUGAAAAAGCACAACUGGCCGACAUUGCCAAGGAAUUUCUCAAUUGUUCUUUACUUCAAAGUACAUCAUAUGGAAGAAAUUUUCUGGUAGAUUUUACUUUGGAAAUGCUAAAGCGGAGGAAGAAGGAAGAGUAUGAUGAUGAGAAAACCACACAAUUUAGUCCUUUAAUUCUGGAGAUAAUCAGUGAAUCUGAAGAUAAUUUUGGAAAAGCUGCUGAAAUAUUACAGUUAGGUUUCAACAAAUUCAAAGAUUAUAUGUUAGCACAAGCUUUAGCUCGGUUAUAUUCAAAAUGGAAGCGAUAUGAUGAGGCUAUACGAUGGGCCAAAGAAGCUGUUGAUUUAUCUUCAAAACACUCUUUAUCAUAUAUCCUUCAUACUUAUGGCCUUGUUCUGCGAGAGAAAUUUAGACAUUUGACAAAUUCAAAAUUUUUUCAGCCAAAAGAUGCAAUUGAAAAUUUAGAGCUUAUUUUAGAGUCUUUGGAAGUAUUUCUUCACGCCCAAAGAAAACGGGAUGAUGAGACCGGCACGCAAAAAUUACUCUACCCAUUCCAUGAUGCUAUUUACACCAUAAACGAAAUAACAAGGUUUUUGGUGGAAAACAUUAAAUGUUCCAUGGAUGAAAGUGAUAUCGUACAGUAUCUCAAAGACAAGGAUUUCAUUCCAGAGGAAAUAUCAAACGUAUGGAGAAAGUUUCAUCAAAGAUUGAAAGGAAUGAAAGAACAAGGUCAUAAUGGUUUUAAAGUCUUAGAAGAUAACAUUUGUUUUAAUACCACAUUUUAUGCACCAGAAGAAGCAUUUCGGUACAAUUCAAAUAAAUUGAAGGAACACAGAUUCUAUCGAAGUUUCCACUAUGGACAUGAGCGGUUGUUGGAAAAUUUCACUAAAAUAUAUGGAGAACACGAAAUUGAUCAUCAGUUAGAAAGUGCAGAUCAAAGAAGCCGGGAUGAAUUUCACAGAGGAAGGUUAUGGACACUAAAAGGAAAUUCAUACAUGAACAUUUUUAAUCAUAUAAAGAAUUGUGGGAACAAACAUCUAGCAAGACAAAUUACAGACAAGUUAAUAACAAUCAAAAAACAUAUCAUGGCUAUUGAAGGUAAAGAUUCAAAUGAUCUUGCAAACGAAAUUUGUGUAAAUGUUGCUUUGGGAAUAAUGGGCGGUCAACAUCGUGAUUCCGAAAGUGAUAUACUUAAAACCUGUCAGAAGAUAAUCUCUGCAAGCAGUGAGAAGGUAUAUUUAGCAUACUUUUUCAUUAGUAUGCUUUUGUGGCCUAGUGGUGAAAGAAAAGUAUUUUAUGAUGAUUCACUGUUACAAAGAUCACUUUCAUAUUUAAAAAGAAAUUUCAAGCAACAGAAGUACAAGUCAAAUGUACAAAAAAGUUCUCAUGUAAAGGAGGAACGUAAUAUCUCUCAACCAACACCACAGUUUUUUCUUGCAAAGGGUAAAGGAAUAAAAUCUUUGUGUCAUCGGUGGGAAAUUUUUGUACGGGAGAAUCCUGACUCUCAGUUUGAUAAUUCUUUAUGGGACCAUAUUAAAACGAAAGAAAAACUCCGGCGUUUAUGCGGAACAACCACAACUAGCAGUGAUGGUUCAAGUACAUACAUUGUUUUUAAAAAUAAGCAUGGUGAACCAAUUAGAAUAAGUAAAAUAAGGGGAACAAACAAAGGAUACGAAUCAGAAGAGGAAGUGUCAUUUUACUUAGGAUUUAGUAUUGCAGGACCUAUUGCAUAUAAUGUCAAGUUAAUGCGAUAUGAACAACAAUCACAUGGAGCUUUUAGCCAACGAGAACUAUUAUUGACCACUAAUUCAAAAGUAGAAGAAUUUAUGAAAAGCAGCAAAGAAGACCUACAAAAUAUGCUUUUAAAGAUCAGAGGGUUAGAGGGGAAAAGACCAGGCUACUUGAAAGAGCGAGAGAAACAGCUUAUAAGAGAUAAAGAUGAUAUCAAAGAAGCAUUAGAUCGACUGGAGAUGAUGAGUGGAGAAAUGGAUCUUUCUCUAAUAGAUUGAUACAUGUACACCGCUUCACUAAGGAUGAUAUAGAUAUGGACCAAAAGGCUACCUGUUCGGAUAUAGUUGUACAAUUAUAUUGUGAUUGUCUAUCAUCAGAACUAUGUGUUUAUCUGUCAUAUUUGUAGAAUGUCCUCAGUGUCAGCAUAGUGAUUUUCUGUAAAUGAUCAUUAUUCAUGUACUAAUAUUUAGGUCACCUGAGUCAAGUGAGCUGACCUAUCGAACUGGUCUGUGUCCAUCGUCGUCUGUCAUGUUAACAAAUAACAAUUAACCUUUUAAACUUCUUGAUAA